GCCCAACAGGACAGUGAACCUGCUGCCAGACAACAUGAGAGCUCUCGUCCUGCUUGUGUGUUUGGCAGUGGGCUGCUUGGCUCAAAGACCUCAUCCAUGCUCCUCCCCGCCUCUGAUGACUGGUGCUCUCACUGUGGCCUCCCAAAGUGGGAAGCUGUCGGCAUACGCCAAGUACACCUAUGAUGCACUGGGAGAGCGCAUUCGCCUACGAGAGGUUGGAAAGUACAACAAUAAAACCUUCCACUUUGACGCCCUCCUGCUCUACAGACAUGGCAUCAUGUACAAUUUGAACUACAGGAACCACUCGUGCAGCAAAAAACAUCUGGAUACACACUUCCAUCCUCUGAGGAUCCCAAGGAACUCAACUUUUCUAGGUCAAGCUGUAGUGGGAAGCUCCUCUGGCCCUGGACAGGGGGUCUUGGUCAACACUUGGGCUGGAGAGCUGCACAUGAGGAACAGAACAGCAAAGUACUUGAGCACCGUCACUGAGUUUGGCUGUAUCCCCAUCAGCUCACUGUUUUAUACCCCAAAGAGUGACUGGGUGGUGACCAGCUUCUUCAACAAUGUCAUCGGAAUCGCAGACCCGCAGCAUCUCAUCCCACCCUCUUUCUGUAAAGGUUCCCAACUGGAGGAGGAGGAGGAGGAGGAAGAGGAUCCAACCUCCUUCUUCAGCUUGUUUUAAAGGCUGUCAGGAUUGUGGUGCAGUUUCUGCAAAUGUGCAAUUGUCUCUUCUUAGUAGCUUUCCUUGGUAAAAAUGAGUCUCUAAAUGAGCUGAAAGUGGAUAAAAGAUGCGACUUUCCAGUAAAUCAGUUAAAUCUAACAUGAAUAAUUGGGUGUUGAUAUUUUCGCUGGU